UACAAGAAUGGACAUUUCAAAACCUGUUAUAGCAGCAAUAGAUGGCUACGCAGUAGCAGGAGGACUUGAGUUGGCAUUAAUGUGCGAUAUGAGAGUGGUCGAGGAGUCUGCCAUCAUGGGAGUUUACUGCAGACGAUUCGGUGUACCAUUGAUAGACGGUGGAACAGUAAGAUUACCUGCAAUAAUUGGUCUAUCUCGGGCCAUGGACAUGAUAUUAACAGGCAGGGCCAUCACCGCAAAGGAGGCACUAGACUGGGGUCUUGCAAACAGAUUAGUGGCUACUGGAACUAGUCUGGGUCAGGCGAUAAACUUGGCAAACUCAUUAAUUAAAUUUCCACAAGAGUGUCUGAAGAUGGACAAACGAUCAGCAUACUAUGCUACAUUUGAUGCCAAGUCUAUCAAAGAUGGUCUGAAAUUUGAGUUGAACAAUGCCUCACAUGUGAUAAACACGGAAUCAGUAGCAGGUGCAGAGAAAUUUACGCAAGGCAUUGGUCGACAUGGGAAAUUCAGACUGGACCCAGAUAUAGUGGGAGAGUAAAGCAGGUCAAAGCCGACAUCCACCCUCCGUCGACACAUCAUUGAUCAGCCGCGAGUCGGCUGUUGGCUCCCCGGGUCGCGUGACGCGACGCGGCCGCGGCCGUUCUGCGGAGGGACAGCCGCGUGCGCACGCGUAAAUAAUGGAUGAUGUUGACGCGGGAGGGUUCGUAUGUCGGAGGAUUCCGCCGCUGCGCGCUGAUUUGACGAAUUGCGGGAGCAAUUUUCGCGAUAACAAUGGCCGCCUCGUCGAUAAUGCAUUGCGCACCACUCUUAGAUAUUACAAUGGUGGAGUGCGGUGUUUCUAGAACGUUGAUCCCAUUCAGCAGGCACAGCUAGAGACUGCAGUGUGUACGUUCUCGUUUAGUACUGGCUCUAAACUGCAGCUUAUUAAGGAUUAGAAGGAAGGUGAAAACGUCUCUUUUUCUGUGUGUUCACUCUUUUUCUUGCUGGUCUCAGUGGGUUGGAAUAAACAAUUGACAUCUACGUGUCUGUGAGACAACCUCAUCCCUCGGUCGGUCCAUUUGCGCCAGUUUAUACGUGGUUUUCACGUGUUGUUUAUGUGUAAUUAUCGAAUUUGUGGCACUUUGUUAAUCAGCAGCAUUUUUAGAAUGCCCUAAUGCUAAUUAGCUAGAGCUACCUGUCAAGCACUCCAGGUGGGUAGGCCAGUUAGGCUGGGUCUCGUUUUAGAAAUCAAAGUUUCAGUUUGGUUUAGGCUUCACUAUUGCACUAUUACACAAAAGUAGUAUUUCACUCGAAGUUGCCUGAUUUUGGCUGGUAUAUACAGGUUCCUAUAACUCUUAUUUAAUCUUGGAUCUUGGAUGUUUCUUUUAGUUUUGCUGGCUACCAUGUAUAAGCUCUGUGUAGCUGAGUCUGUAAUAGAGAGGUUUAGUAACGUUUUUUGUCUUCCAUUUCCUUCAAUGAAUGUGCGUACACCAUAUCUGGCACGAUUCGUAUGGAACGGCGCUUUUCUGCCGGCGUGCAAGAACAAGCAGUGGUGCUGAAAUGUAGGGUUAUCUGUCAUGUAUCUUAAUUGUAACAUGUUGCGGCUUUCUCUCUCCUGUUUAUCAUAUUUGCUCAGAUGAUAUCUUCAAGGCACAUUCUGUUCCAAGUCGACGUCAAUGUUAAGAAUGGUAUGCCAUCUAGAGUAGAUAGCAGUCAGGUGAAGAAGACCGUACCUUGUGAUUGUGAUAGAUAUGAUGACUGGGAUUUGAUAUAUAAUGGGACUGCUCAGUGGUUUGAUUAAGUAUAGUAUUGGCAGAUACGCGAAUAGUUCUUUGGUUUUCGCAAAAGUGAGCGAGAUGAUGCUGCGUGCAAUGUUCAUGUACACGCAUCAUAUCUAUAGAUACGUAACUGUAGAUGCAACCAGUUUUCAUCUCACAUUGUUAGUGAUGCAAUAGGAAAGUCAGAAUUGCAUGUCUUCAAUUAAAGUCAGUACUUGUCAGUGGCAAGUUGAAUCUUCUGUGCCAGAUUUUGGCAUUGCCAUGUAUUAAACAUCGAGGCACUUGAGGCACUCGAGAACUUUGUAUUCGUACACGCGUGUAAUUCACUUGAUACGUUUGAUGCUUAUUUCAUGUGGCUGCACAGGCAUCUUGAGUGACCAAUAAGUAUUUGUAUCAAUAAACAGCGCGUAAUAAAGACUCUGUAGGGCAUUCAUUCCUUGUCGCCAAUUCUUCACUCGAUGUGCAUGUGUAAGUCUCGUUUUCCCAGAGAAAUCGCAUACUUAGUCAUCUCUCAACCUUAAACGGAAACAGACGUUCUGUCGAUCUGAAUGGCAGCUUUAAGUAACGCCGGCACUUUGCAUCUGGCCUCUAUGCCAUCGCCGUGACUGUGAACUUGACAGUAAGUGUGCUGUUAUGUCCCGGCACAAACUGUGGGACUUACAAUAAUCUUGGUGGAACACGUGGCUUAAUCAUGAGAUGGCAUGCAAUAAUUUGCAAGGCAUGGCCGCAAUUGUGCAGUCGCGCGCAAUGGGACUGUUGGUCAUUGUAAAUGAGCAUUAGUGUGUCCCUCCCCGGAGACGCGCCACAAUAAGAAGUUGGCCUACGCAUCGGCGCGCUGUCGUGAAAGAAUAAAUGUGAUUAUCCGUAAUUGAAUUCCCCUGUUUCGCAGAACCUCUUGCAGAUACUGUUGUGGGACGGCUUCAGGAUUGGUGAGAGAGAGCGAGAGAGAGAGAGAGAGAGAGAGAGAGA